AUGGACAGGCGGCGCAGGAAGUCGGCCGCAUCGUCCGCCCGCCGCUCCGAGUCCGACGCGCGCUCGCCGCUGACGCCGAACAAGGCGGCGCUGUUGAGGGUGCAGAAGAGACCCAGUCCGUUGCGACUCGAUAGCAGCAGUGGGGACGACACCGGCAGUGCGGACGAACGGGACGGGCAGAAGAUGGUGCCGUCGGCCUCGAUUUGGCGAGGAGACGAGGUGCCGGACGCAGAGAAUGCUGACGUGAAGCUGAACAACAUUCGGCGGUACCUGCGGGCGGCGCGUGCGCUCUAUGAGAUGCAGUUCCAGAUGAAGAGGCCGUCGGCCAUUUUGAAGAUGAAGCCAAACGCGUACGGACUGAAAAGCCGAUCCACCUUCGAUGCGUUGGCGGCGUUGGUGUCUCCGCUCCGGGCGCACCAAGUUCUCGAUGAUUGGACUGGGCUUGAGGUCGGUCUUUUUGAAGAGGCUUACGAGCGCUUCGGCAAAGACUUUCACGCUAUUGCUGAGCAGCUCCCGAAGAAGUCGGUGAAGGAUACGAUUGCGUUCUACUAUAUCUGGAAGAAGCACGGCUCGUGCGCGAAAAAUCGAGACGAUGGCAACAUGUCAGACGACUUUUUACCCGAGCCUGAACCAGACGUAUCCAGCGAGACGCUCAAGCUCAUGGAUCGGCUCCGGAAGCGACAGCUAUACAUCCAAGACUACCUGGAUGCGUCUCGAGCUAUGUAUGCUCCCCAGCCAGCUUAUGCGUCUUACCACAAGCGGCAAAAAAUAUCCGAUUUCGGCUUGCAGCGCGUCUCCUGCUUCCAGCAAGGCCUCAAAGGCUUAUCUCCACUGCGUGUUCCAUCUGUGCUAGAUUCAUGGACCCCUUUUGAGAUCAGAGUAUUUGAGGUUGCGAUUGAGUGCUACGGCAAGGAUUUCCUGCGAAUUGCUGAUGUGAUUAACAGCAAGUCCUGCGGAGACGUGAUCGCAUUCUACUACAUCUGGAAAAAUGAUUCACAUUACCAAGUUGUGAAGAACCGAUGGGAAAGAAAAAAUGAAACACGCACUACCAAGAAGACACCUGCCGAUACGAAAACCAAGGCAGCUUGA